UCAGUUCCGGUCCCGAGUUCUGGGCGGAUGCGAGACGUCCUUGUCCGCCUUUUUCACCGUCCUCAUAUUCCGAGGCGAGACUCCCCGUCAUCACGCAUCUGAUCUGCCCACUGCACCGAUGUCCCUUGGUUGCACCGGGUGAAAGACUUGAGCCGUUCCUUUGACUACACUACACCACACUACCUCACCGCCUGUGCCCAGUUUUUUCCCUCAUCCGGUUCUACCCUAAGCCCCAGACCUGAAACCUCGAAACACGCCUAGGCAAGAGACUAACGGCUCCAUUUAAACUACAGCCUUUCGCAACGUCCGAACGACUUCAAACCCUCUCACUGUCGAUUAACCACUGAAUCUUCUCGGAGCGAACACAUGACAUCCGCCAACAGCAUGACUACCAUGGAUCUUCGCGUCGGUAACAAGUACCGCAUCGGUCGCAAGAUCGGUUCCGGUUCUUUCGGCGACAUCUACCUGGGCACCAACAUCAUCUCGGGCGAAGAAAUUGCCAUCAAGCUCGAAAGCGUCAAGGCCAAGCACCCCCAGCUGGAAUAUGAGGCCCGCGUCUACAAGUCCCUUGCCGGUGGUGUUGGCAUUCCCUUCGUGCGGUGGUUCGGCACCGAGUGCGACUACAAUGCUAUGGUCCUGGACCUCCUCGGCCCCUCCCUGGAGGAUCUCUUCAACUUCUGCAACCGCAAGUUCUCGUUGAAGACGGUCCUGCUCCUGGCCGACCAGUUGAUUUCCCGCAUCGAGUACAUCCACGCCAAGUCGUUCAUCCACCGUGACAUCAAGCCCGACAACUUCCUCAUGGGUAUCGGUAAGCGCGGCAACCAGGUCAACGUGAUCGAUUUCGGUUUGGCCAAGAAGUACCGCGACCCCAAGACGCACUUCCACAUUCCUUACAGAGAGAACAAGAACUUGACUGGCACCGCUCGUUAUGCGUCUAUCAACACUCACCUGGGCGUCGAGCAGUCUCGCCGUGACGACAUGGAGUCUCUCGGCUAUGUCAUGCUCUACUUUUGCCGCGGAUCUCUGCCUUGGCAGGGACUCAAGGCUGCCACCAAGAAGCAGAAGUACGACCGCAUCAUGGAGAAGAAGAUGACGACGCCCACCGAUGUGCUGUGCCGCGGGUUCCCUAACGAGUUUGCUAUCUACCUGAACUACACUCGCUCGCUCCGCUUCGACGACAAGCCGGACUACAGUUACCUCCGCAAGAUCUUCCGCGAUCUCUUCGUCCGCGAGGGUUUCCAGUACGACUAUGUCUUUGACUGGACUGUGUACAAGUAUCAGAAGAACGCCCAGGCCAUCCAGCAGGCUGCCAACCAGCCCGGUCAGGCCGCCGCCGAAUCCAAGGACAACACUGCGGCCGCCCGUAAGGAGAGCCAGCCCGCUGCCCCCCGCGGAACCAGGAAGGUCGGCGAGACCCCCGAGACCAACCGUGCCGUCGGAGGAAGCGACAGGAUGCUGCGCUCGGCCGCUAAAGGUCAAGGCGCUGGCACAGGAUAUGCUUCCAAACAGUACCGCCCCAUGGAGUGA